AUGGCUUUGCGCGCAGCCCUCGUUGCGCUUGUCUCGGCCGUGGCAGCUGCUGAGAAGUAUGCCGUCAUUGCGGCUGGCUCAUCAGGAUUCAUGAACUACCGCCACCAAGCGGAUGCUUGCCAUGCCUACCAGCUCAUGUUGCAGAGUGGAGUACCAGCAGACAACAUCAUCCUGAUGAUGCAGGACGAUGUGGCGAACAGCUCGGAGAACCCGUUCCCCGGCCAGCUGUUCAACAAGCCGGGGGAGAACCCGCCUGAUGUUUACAAGGGCUGCAAAGUCGACUACUCUGGGGACAUCGUGACUGGAAAGCUGUUCAUGGACGUCCUGACCGGAAACACGGAGGGUGCCAAGGGCAAGGUGCUGAAGAGUGGAGCCAGUGACACCGUGUUCGUGAACUUCGUGGACCAUGGCGGUCCCGGCAUCGUCGCCUUCCCGAACGGUCCAGUGCUCACGGUCAAAGAGCUCUCCCAAACGCUGAAGACCAUGCAGAGCAAGCAGAUGUUCAAGCAGAUGGUCUUCUACAUGGAAGCCUGCGAGAGCGGUUCCAUGUUCCCAGACCUCAAGGCCGACAGCAAGAUCCUUGCAGUUACCGCCUCGAACGCGGAUGAGUCUUCGUGGGGAACAUACUGCGGUGAUUCUGCCAUGGUGAAGGGCAAGAAUGUCGGCUCCUGCUUGGGUGACCUGUUCUCUGUGAACUGGAUGCAGGACGACGACCUUGGCAAGUUCAAGUCCGAAAGCUUCCGUAGUCAGAUCUCGAAGGUCACGAAGCUGACCGACAAGAGCCAUGUGUGCAGUUUCGGCGACAAGUCGUUUGAGGAUGAGAAGAUUGGCAACGUGGAGACCACAAGCCUUUCAGUGAGCCCAUCGGGUGCAGCACAGGGGGCCGUGGAUGCACGUGACAUUUACGUUACUCAGGCUAUGUGGGCCUGGCAGCAUGCUGCAGACUGGGAGUCAAAGCAGAAGGCUUGGAAGCGCUUGGUUGGUAUCAUGAAAGACCAGGAGGCCGAUGAGGCCCUCUUUGCCGGCAUGGCUACUGCGGCCUGCGCGGACGUGAACCCAGAGCACCUGAUCCAAUGCCAGAAGAAGAUUCUCAGCGAGCGCAUGGAGAUGAAACAGAUCGAUUGCCACCAUGAGCUGGCACAUGCCGUGCACGAGAAAUGCCCGGCGUCAGAGUACCACAACUCUGCGGGGGGAUGGAACGGCUUCAACAUGAAGUUUGCCAGGGUGCUCUUGAAUCUUUGCGAAAGCCAAGGAGUCCUCGGAAAGUCGACAGCACAGCUUGUGGACCUUGUCCACGAGCGCUGUGCAAAGGCUGCGCUUGGUCGUGCCGAGACGCAGAUCGUCGUGUAG